AUGUACACAAAGCCUGACGAAAGUCUCGAUACUUUACGUAAAUCCAGUGAAGUCCCAUCCGAACCUAAAAGAACAAGCAAUUCUUCAAAUGCAGGCACAAAUUUAGGUUUGGGGAUUAUUUCUCUUCCACCUUUGUCUUACCACCACUCAAAAGACCCCAAGUCAAUCUACAAACUGCUUGUCCAUAGAAUUUCUCAGCAAGAAGCUGUAAUAAGUGCCAUUGUCGAAACAAUAACCGGACCUCGAAAAACUGCAGGCCCUCAGAAUGUAUGGAUUCACAUCCGAGGUCCCGAUAGGUUGGGCAAGAAGAAACUCGGCCUGGCGCUAGCAGAAAUCUUGUAUGGAAGCAGAGAAUGUCUAGUAUAUGCCGACCUGAGCUUCGAAAAACGGUCGAAUCGUGUAGAAACUCUGUUUCAUCAACAAUUGACGAAUAAAUAUGAAUUAAAGAUGAGGGGUACAGUCAUCGAUUUCUUGGUCGAGAAGCUAAGCAGAAAUCCAUCGGUCGUGUUGCUCGAAAACAUCGACAAGGCCGAUCUAGUGGUUCAGAAUAGCCUUUUGCAGGCCGUUAAAAAGGGGAGAUUAACCGAUUUAAGGGGUAAAGAAGUAAAUAUAAGCAAUUGUAUAUUUCUUGGAAGUUCAAGCCAUACAGCACGUAAUGAGGAAAACUCGAAUAAAUUCAUCGAGGAAGAUAUUCUGAAUGCGAAGGGUGGUUCGAUCAAGAUGAUGAUGAUGACAGGGUUCGAUCUUAACAACGAACCCACGAACCAAAACUCCUUUUUCUCGAACAAAAGGAAGCUUCUGGAGGAAAACGUGAUAACAGGUCAUCGUGAAAGUGGAUGCAAAGCAUCAAAAUCUAGUCUUGAUCUGAACCUUCCAGCCGAAGGUGGCGAAACAUGUGAUAUUUUGUCUCGAAAUUUUGAACCCGAUUCGGAUUAUGGGACCUCGUGGGUGGAGGAGGAUUUUGAGGGGUUAGUAGACCGAACGGUGGUUUUUGGCCGGCUCGAUUUCGAUUUGCUUGCUGAGAGAGUUUGUGAGGAGAUUAAUUCAUGUUUAAGAAGUGCGGUUGGGUUAGAGUGCUCGGUUGAGAUAGAAAAUGACGUGAUGCGUCAGAUUCUCGCGGGUGGGUACUUGUAUGGGAACGAGAGGGUGGGAAUUUGGGUUCAAAAUGUGGUUCGAGGGGCGUUUUUGGAAGUUGGGGAGAAGUUCGGUGUGAGUGCUCGUUCGGUCGUCAAAAUCGUUGGGUGGGAGGGUACGGCCUGUGAUGACGAGCUACUUCCGAACCGGAUUUUGGUCGGGUAG